AUGUAUCAUCCUCCACGUGGUGGCGUUCGAGGCGGAAGAACCGAUAAGCAUAGAGAAAACUAUCUUGGACAUUCGUUACAUGCACCAGUAGGAAGGUGGCAACAAGGCAAGGAUCUUACAUGGUACGCUAAAGAUGGAAAGCAAGAUGACUCACGCAAUGAAGAAAUCAGGGCAAUCAAAAACGCGGAGGCUGAUGUUAUGGCUGAACUAUUGGGUGGCGGUAAAAGACGAGUAGUCACGGGAAAUGUAACUCAACAAGAGCUCAGUAAUGUUUUAAAAAGGCAGCAAGAUGAUGAGGAAGAUAGCCUAAAGGAAGCAACUCAGGAAGUUACUAAAGGAUUUAGUUCGGGCAGAUUAUCAAUUAGUGAGAUGGUUCCAGAGGGAACCUUACUUCAAGAAGAUGAUAACUCUAUUUCAAUAUCACACCGAGAUAAUAAGAAGAGAGCAUCAACAUUGCUUCAAUCGGAAGAUAAAAGAAAGGCAAAAAAAGUGAAAAAAGAAGAAAAGAAAAAGAAACAUAAGAAGGAUAAACAUCGCAGCAAAGACAAGCAUAAAAAGAGCAAAAGAAAUGAAUCUCAUUGA